GUCGGUCGCGUGUCAAAGGCGUCAUCUUUAAGCUCGCAAGUGUGGCUGACAGGUAAUAAGCCACACGCUUACAAGUGAAUUUAAUGCUGUUGGGACAAUCGCUCUUCGCAGAUCUGAUCACAUAAGAUGUCUUCACUCCUCAAGGUGGACAAUGAAAUUAAAACCAAGGUUGAUGCUUUCAGGGAACGUAUAACUUCAGAAGCAGAAGAUCUCGUUGCAAAUUUUUUCCCAAAGAAGUUACUGGAACUUGAUCAAUUCCUUAAGGAUCCAAGCAUAAACAUCACCGAACUGAAGGAGAUCCACUCGGACAUAAACCUGACGGUGCCAGACCCCAUCCUGUUCUCAAACCUGCAUGAUGGACUAGAAGCGCAAAAUGCCAAAAAGAGGAAGCUGGAGGAUGGAGGUGGGGAGGACAUGGUGACUGGCACCAAGGUCUUUGUCAUGCCUGGUGGGAUGAUGAAGAGCAAUGGAAAUCUUGUUGAUCUUAUUGAAAAGGUCAAGCCAGAGAUCAGGACUCUCAUAGAGAAAUGUAACACAGUCAAAAUGUGGGUUCAGCUGCUUAUCCCGAGGAUAGAGGAUGGGAACAACUUUGGAGUGUCUAUCCAGGAGGAGACGGUAGCUGAACUCAGAACAGUUGAAGGGGAGGCAGCAUCUUACCUCGAUCAGAUAUCAAGAUACUAUAUCACAAGGGCAAAGCUGGUUUCUAAAAUAGCAAAAUAUCCACAUGUGGAGGACUAUCGGCGCACAGUAACCGAGAUUGAUGAGAAGGAAUACAUCAGUCUGAAGAUCAUAGUUUCGGAGCUCCGAAAUCAAUACGUAACGUUACACGACAUGAUCCUGAAGAACAUCGAGAAGAUCAAGAGGCCUCGAAGCAGUAAUACUGACGCGUUGUACUGAUGUUCAUCCAGCCAUCUCAGCCUCCAUCUCCCAUCUCCACCCCCACCACCACCUCCCUGCCAUCCCUCCCUGAGCUGCAGUAGGCCGGCCCUCGUCCACAGGACCUCAUCUAGACAUUCACCCACUUCAGUACAAUCGACUCAGCCCCGUUCAGAACCGUAGCUCUGAUAGAUGGACACGACGCGCAUGUUUUUGUUUUAAUUGUAUAAUAUUUUUCUUGUUUUAAACCCUUUGAAGACAUAAAUAUUCUCUCAGGAGACGGAGAGAUAGACCAUCAUAGACAACAAAAAGUGCUCUGUAUUUUUUAAUUUUAAUUAAACAUUUCGUCCUCA